CAAAUCUUAUAUUCUGUGGAGAAGCUUGUUGAAAUGGCGUCUGACGUGUUGAUUCUGUAUUUCUCAAAUGAGGUUUUAGAAUAUAUUCUUGAAAGUGAAGUAUUAUCAGCCGAAGAUGUUUGUAAUUUUGGCUCAACGUGUACAAAAUUUAGUAAGUUAGUAAGAAACAGUAACAAAAUCUGGAAAACGAAGUUUAUUCAGCGGUGGCCAGAUUUACAAGAUAUUUUUGAUCAUCAGAGGCCUUACUCUUGGCAAUGUCUGUACCAGACUCGGCUGCAGUUUGGUAAGGAUUUUCGGCAUUUGAUGGCAGGGAUGUCACACAGGUUCCAUAAGCAAGAAGAAAUGUCCAGUUCAGAACUUUCUGAUUUUGGCAAAAUGAUACGGGAUUGUGAAUACGGUUAUGCUUUUAUGGUGAAUGAACUCAUGAGUAUUGAACACAGUGAUGACAAGUACUCAAAUUUAACACAGAAGUACUACGCAGAGAAAGUAAUGCGUUACAUCCGACAAGAGCAUUUGAAGGAAGAAUGGCAAGGUUUUCUAGCUCUGGAUCAUGAAGAUCACUUAUUGGAAAAGGGAGCAGUUUUGGUAGCACAGUGGUGUCAGCCAAUGAUAGAAGUGACAUACAGUUUUAUUGCAGCUGAGCUAGAUAAUAUUGCCAUGGAAGUCAAAAGAAAGUUACGUGUGGAGCAUGGGAACCACCCGAUAUUUAGUACAUCUGACGAUAAAUUGAAAUCAUGGAGGAACAAGAAUAUCAGUGACAAUCAGUGGAAGCCAUCUGAAUCUCAGCAGAUUAUUUCAGCUAUGUGCAGUGUGCUUUUCCAAGACAUGGGUUUUCAUAGCAAUGAUGAAAUGUACUAUUCAGCAGUAAACUCCUACAUCAAUAAAGUGCUGGAGUAUCGAAGGGGAAUUCCAAUCACAUUAAGCAUUGUGUUUGAAAGUGUGGCAAGAAGGCUUGGAGUAAAGUGUGAGCCUGUUAGUUUUGUAGCCCACUUCCUGCUCCGGUGGAGGGAGAAAUACAACACUAAAGAAUGUGGUGGUGAACUGAGUCCUUACUAUUACAUAGAUGUGUUCAAUGGUGGACAGUUUCUCACAAAACGCAGCUGUCCUCGUUAUUCGCCUGACAGGCAGUGUCCUAUGCGAGGGAUAAGUGUCAGUCCUGCCACACCUCUUCAGGUUAUUGAACGUUUGGCAAACAACUUAGGGGUUGCUGGUCGUCAACGGUCUCACGUGAUUGGACGAAGUUCCCGAAUGCGCAGUUUCUUGGAGUUACAUUAUCUUGUGAAUCCUUCAGACCUGAACUGCAUUAUGCAUCUGGCAAGAUUCUACAUGUUAUACAGCAUGGAUCUGUCUGAUCUGAUGCCCACCAUUGUAAAAAUUCAAGAUGAUUUGGAACCACGUGCCAGAGACCAGGCAAAGCUUAUAGUACAGAUGAUGCAAGUGUAUGAAACUCGUCAUUCCAAGGAUACUGCAUGUAACAUUCCAGAGAUUGAGCCAAAACUGAGAAAUGAAAAUAUAACAUAUGCAGUGGGAAUGAUUAUGCAGCAUCGUCUGUUCAACUAUAGAUGUGUGAUUUAUGGGUGGGAUCCACUGUGUGCAGCUUCUGAAAAUUGGAUUCGACAGAUGGGUGUGCCAAAUUUAACAAAGAAAAACCAUCAGCCUUUCUACAAUGUCCUGGGAGAAGAUGGAUCCACGCGUUAUGCUGCCCAAGAAAACUUGGAAGUGGCCGUUGAACCUGUGUACCUGAAUCACAUGGACGUGGGUCGUUACUUUGAUAAGUUCUGCAAGACACAUUAUGUUCCAAAUGCAGAGAAGCAAAUGGAAUAUCCUCAAGAUGGUGAAGUGAGACUUCGGUUUGCUGCUUGUGCGAAGUCAAUGUGAAAUGUCUGAAAUAAGGGGAGUUUUCAAUGCAGAUGUUUUUGAACAUAUGAGAGUGGUUUACAUGUACUUUAUAACAAAAUGAAAUGGUCUUCUCCGUCCUGUCUCUCAGUCAUUGUCAGUACAGAAGCUGUGACAUGUAACUAUAUUCAGCAAGAUCUUUAAUUUAAUAGUUUGAAAUGAGUGAUAUGAAAAUUUAAGAUAGCUCUGUUCGGGGUUAUUGUGCCUUGUGAUGUGGUAGUUCACCUCUGAAAAUUUGGUGAACUUUGCCAGGCUACAUGGUGCAACAACCCAGAAGACAAUGCUUGCCACUGCGGGAACCUGAUGUCUCACUUGGUAUGAAACUUCAUCUUAAAUUAAUUUUAAAUUCAGAAAUUUGGUUUUCAAUGUAUAUAAAUGUGUUCAGUCUUGACCUUUGUUCACAUUCAAGUAAAAUUUCUUAUUUUGAAUUAAAAUUGUCCAGUCUUGAAUUAAGGAUGAGAGGUUGGUCAGAUUUUUUUUUUAAGUUGAAAGUUAGGCUGCAUUGAACCAAAGAAUAUAAAUGUAAACAAUGAGUUUCACCCAAUCUUGAAGGUGUGGUUUCAAAUUGGAGAGAAGGUUGCAUUGAAGAAUAUUAGAAUUUUUCUGUUUUCAUUAUGUUUCAUUACUGAGGAUCACAUUAUGGCUGUUCUAUGAAUGGGUUCCUUAAUUGCAUUAUGCGGUUGAUCUUGAAUGGGGAUGUUACUCUAAGCAAUAACAUUUGUGUUAGAAUUUUUCUCCAUUAAUACUUGGAAGUUAAAUCAUGAGUUGUAAUGUAUAUAAUACAGUUUGGACCUUAAUAUUAUCUGUAAACUAUACAUACAUAUAAACUAAUAUCCUUGUAUUGAAGUCUUUUGCAGAAUCAUUGUACUGAAGUCUCUUGCAGAAUGUAAUGGAAUAAAUUAUGUUAGUAAGUUGCCAGUGAAAUAUUAUUACUGUUAUAGACUGUCUGCAUACUAUAAAUAGAAUAAUUGUGAACAGACCACUAGGAAUACCUAGACAUAGUGGCUUCUCAGGAAGGACUCAGCUCCAUGGAGUGAGUAAGUAAAUAUAUCGCAUCCCUCGAAUAACAGAUGUAAUUUGUUUGAUGAAAACUAUUCAUAACGUUAAAAUUCAUAAAUUGAAAAUGAAAUUCUCAUUAAUUUCAGUAUAAAAAAAUUCAGACUGGUUCCCAGCACCCAGGGAGGAAAAAUAUUUUUGCCACAUGUUAGAAUAGAAUUUAACUCUGUAAAGCACUAUUAAAAUGUUAAAUCGAAUGUUUACAUUGUAUAGCAGUUGCUGUAUUUACAGUAUGGAUAUGUUUAAGUGAAUCCUAUAGUAAAAUUUGUGUAUGAAGAUAUCCGUCUUCUGGGUUGUUGCGCUGUGUAGUCUGGUCGAUGUUAACAAACGUUUCAGAGGUCAUACUGCCUCCGUCAUCAGGGCGAUGACCUCAAGUCUUACAAAAUUUGUGUAGUUUAACAUUUGUCCAAUACAUUUCCCAUUCAGAAUGGCCUGAAACAGGGAGAUGGUCUAUCAUCACUACUUUUCAAUUUUGCCUUGGAAUAUGUCAACAGGAAACUCCAAGUAAAUUGUGGCAGUUUGGAAUUGAAUGGGACACAUCAGCUUUUGGUCUUUGCUGGUGAUAUUAAUCUGUUGGGUGAUAAUAUAAAUACUGUAAAAGCAAACACAGAAACACUCUUAGAGGCUAGUAGGGAUAUGGUCUAGAAAUAAAUGCAAAAAAGAUGUAUAUGAUAAUGUCUUGGCAUCAGAAUUCAGGACAACCAGAUUAUAAGGAUAGCUAAUGAAUUGUUUGAAAAUGUGACAAAAAGUACUUGGGGAUGACACAAGUCAGGAUGACAUUCAUGACAAAAUCAAGAGCAGAUUAAAUUUGGCAAAUGCUUGCUAUCAUUGAGUCCAAAAUCUUUGGUCCUCCCAUCUUAUAUAAAUAAUACUAAAGGUUAAAAUGUACAAAAGUGUAAUUUUGUCAGUUGUGCUGUAAGGGUGCAAAACUUUGUCUCUCACUUUGAGGGAGGAAUGUAGAUUGAGGGUUUUUGAGGUGUUGAAGAUAUUUGGACCUGAAAGGGAGGAAGAUGGAUCAGGAGAAAAUUCGUUGCAAUGUUAAUGUGUCGGGGUGAGUAAAUUGAGGAGGAUGAGGUGGGCAGGACAUGCGGCACUCUUGAGGAGGGGAGGGUUGUUUACAAGGUAUUGGUAGAUAGGCCUGAAGGGAGGAGACUACUGGGAAGACCUAGGCGUAGGUGGGAGGAUAACAUUAAGAUGGAUCUUAGGGAGAUAGGAAUUGGUGGAGCAAACUGGAUGCAACUAGCUCAGGAUAGAAUCCAGUGGUGGGCUUUUGUGAACAUGGAGAUAAAUCUUUGAGUUCUGUACAGAAAGUGGUCUAUUCUUUGACAAGCUGAAUAACAAUUGACUUUUAGAAGCAUAUCAUGCAUGAGAGAGAGAGAGACAGUAUGAAGAUCAGAACUUUAGUAAACAAAGAAUAAACAGCUGUAUACCUCCACAUUUAUUACUUAUGAAGUGGACACUCAUCCCUCAGAUGGAGGCUGGUUCUUCUUUGUAGUAAAAAUAAUGUUCAUAAAUUGAAAUGAGGUUAUUAUAGUGAAAAUUUGUAAAUUGAAAGUUUGUAAAUCAAAGGAUAGGUGUAUAUCAAAUUUAUGUGCAAUGAUAACCUUGUUUUAAAAUGCUGAAAGGUAUUAUAAUUUAAAACCACUGUUUUGGUUAUGUGUGACACUAAAUAGAACAGUGUGCUAACAUUAAAAAUACUGAGAAAGCUAAAUUCCACCACACAACACUAAAGAUCUAUUAGACAUACAGUAUACAUACUGUAGCUGGGUACAUUGGGCUGAUAAAGGAUCACUACAUAUAUUUAAUUUUAACAUUUUGCCUUUAUCAGCAACAACAUAUCAUAGUAAAGUAUGUAAAUAUUCAAACACAUCUUUGUAACAGUAACUUUUUUAGCAGUUUUUGUUGGUUUUCCUUUCAAAAAGCUUAACUUUCAGUUGUAUGUCUUUUUAUGUAUCUAGUGUAAUCUUGUAUAUAAAAUUUAAAUGUGUGUAUGCAUGCAUAUAGCUAAUGAUUGUAUAAACUAAUUUGCACCAAA